ACAUAGGAUUUCCCGAAACCAAAGCUGAGCUCUGGUAGAAACCUCGAUGAACCCUCGGCCCUCGCCGUUCUACCACUCCGUGCCCCCCUCCCUUUCCCCGGCCAGGCGGCCGCUUCUUCCUCUCCCCACACCUCCGUGCUGCCGCCCGGCCCUCCUCUCCGCCUCCCGCCUCCCACCUCUGCCUAACCUCUCGUCCCCGACGCCCCACUUCCCUGGAGUUGUGCCGCCGCCGAUCCCAACCCUAGACGCCCCCCCUCCACUGAAGCAGCGCCGCCGCCCAGGCCCCUGACGCCGCCCUUUACCCGCUGCGCCGCCACGCAGCUUCCACACCGAGGCGUGUUGAAGAUCACAUUCCUUGCAAUCCUCUUAUUUGAAGGCUAAUUGGAGUUGGAUCAUUCUCCUAGGUCUACUACUUCUGUUCACCAAUGGUUUACUGUUCUCACUGUGCUGAUUAUUGCCCAUUCAUAAAGGAUCCCGACAAAGGAUAUAUAUGUUGUGGGACGUGUGGAAAGGUUAUUGAUCAGGAGAUUUUCACCGAUGAGCCUACUUUUUUCAAGGACAGUUCCGGAGCGAGCAGGCUGGCUGGAAACAUACUGAGCAGCAUCGAGAGUGGGAGUUCACUAUCCCACGAAAGGACUUUAAUGAAAGGGAGAGACGAGAUUUGGCAGAUUGUCACCAGCUUACAUGUUGGUGGUGGAGAUACUAUCAUUGAUAUGGCUCAUAAAUUUUAUACACUAGCUGUGGACCAUAAUUUUACAAGGGGCCGUCGAACAACUCAUGUUGCAGCAGCUUGCCUUUACAUUGCCUGCCGGCAAAGUAAAAAGGCUUAUCUUCUUAUCGAUUUCUCGGACUAUUUGAAGAUUAGCGUUUAUGUCCUAGGUGCUGUUUUUCUGCAACUUUGCCAAGUUUUGCUACUUGCAGAACAUCCAAUUGUUCAGAAACUCAUAGACCCCAGCCUUUUCAUCCAUCGUUUUACAGAACGUUUACUUGGGAAAAGGGACAAUGCUGUCUCAGACACAGCUUUACGCAUCGUAGCUAGCAUGAAACGAGACUGGAUGCAGACUGGGAGGAAGCCAAGUGGAUUAUGUGGUGCAGCAUUAUAUAUUGCUGCACUUUCACAUGGCUAUAAUUAUACCAAGUCAAAUAUUGUUGCGGUUGUGCAUGUAUGUGAGGCAACACUAACUAAGCGCUUGAUAGAGUUUGAAAAUACAGAUUCUGGCAGCUUAACGAUUGAAGAUUUUUUGGCAAAGGCUGAUGAAGAGCCUGUUUCAAUAUUUUCACCCAUACCUGGAGAAGUCCUCUGCAAGCACAAGGAUAAAGCUGCUGAGCAUUUUGCUCAUGGACUUUGUGAGAAGUGCUACAACAAAUUUACUAAACUGUCGGGUGGACUGGAGGGUGGUGCUGACCCUCCAGCUUUCCAACGAGCUGAAAAACAAAGACUGGAAGCUGCUAAGAAGGCUGAGGAAGCUGCUGCUAUUAAGGAGGGAAUGUUAGGAGAGUCAAUUUGUGAGAUACAGAAUUCUGAUGCUGAAUAUAACAUCAUGAGCACUACAGAGGAUUCAGUUGGUGAUAAAUCUGCAACUAUUGGUUCUGGGGAAAUUGGAAAGGAUUAUGUAGCUUCAAAAGAUCCUGAAGUGGGAGGUGAAAAUGGUAAAGCUGAUGCUGAUCCAGAAAGUUUUUCUGAUAUUGAUGAUGUGGAGGUUGACGGGUAUCUUCACAAUGAGGAAGAGACACAGUACAAAAAGAUAAUUUGGGAGGAAAUGAACAAAGAAUACCUUGAGGAACAAGCCGCAAAGGAAGCUUUAGCAGCUGAAUUGGCAGCUAGAGGUGUGGGCGUGGGAGAGGGACAGCAGAAGAAACGGAGACGUAACGAAGACAUGAAGAACUCAACACCUGCUGAAACACCAGCGGAAGCAACAUACAAUAUGUUAAAACGGAAGGGACUUGGAUCAAAAAUCAACGUCGAAGCAGUUGGUGGAUUGUAUAAUACUAAAGAUGAAGCUAGUGAAGUAAAUGAAAAAGGAGACAUGGGCUUUGAUGGGGAACAUGCACAUGACACUGGUGAUGGUGAAACAUUAGAAGGUGGCUAUGACUAUGCUGAUUACAAUAACGAUGGCUAUGCUGAUGGUGGUGAUGCUGGAGCCUAUGAGGAUUACGAUGGGAUUGAUUACUAAUGUAGUGCUAAAAUUGUGAGAAAACAGCUCAACAUAAUCAGUCUUGGUCAACCAGAAGGGGUUAUUUCCUCAAAAAAAGAAAACCAGAAGGGGUUUAUUGGUACAAUGUAUUAUUUGUAACCGGAAGGUGUUUAUUUGUACAUAGCUUGCAAAAACGUCUUAUAUUAUGGGCCGGAGGGCCCCAUACGAAAAUAUAAGAGGUUUUUGUAGGCUACUUUUGUAGAACAAAGAAGUUCCAAUUAAUGAUAUAUCGAGGCACUGCACAGUGAA